UCUGUGGAGGUUUACUGAUUUUGAUUCUGUGUCAUCAAUCUCAGUCGUUAUGUGAAAUUGUCGACAAAGAUCUGUGCAUUGAAGAGACUAUGCGGACUUGGAGUGAAGCGUCAAAAAGCUGUAAUUUGGUGGUAUCCAACACAUCUCUCAGUGUUGGUGUUCCAAUUACAGAUAUCCCUGUUCUCAUACACAGAUCCUCUGCUCCGACCUACAUGUCUAAGGAUGUUCACUGGAUAGGGGCCACAGGAACAUUCACUCCAUGGUUUGAACUAGCAGGAUGCAGCCUAUAUUAUUACUUUCCCUACAAUAAACAGUUGAUGUCCAGUUCAAAACUUGGUCCUAUUGCUCAAUGUCAUCAAAUAUGUGAAAACUGGAGAAACAGCUACAAGGAAUUCGGAAUAAACUACAAAGAGUGGAAGUUUUUAUAA